AAAUGAAGCAAUGUUUCAUUAUGAAAGGAGAUUUUGCAUGCACAUCAGAGAGCUUCUAUUUCUCGUUCUAUAUUUUAAAAUGAAAUAUUGAAGUAAGAGGUUAAUAUAGCUGGCUCCUUGUUUCAAGCAUGGCAAAUCCAUUGUAUUGGCCAGAAUCUUCUGUGAAUUAUAUUGCAUAUGAAAUAGAAAAAACUGAAGUUUAUCGCAAGCUUUUGAUGAAAUUACAGAAUCUGAUCACAAAUCCAGAUGUUUCCUGUGAUGCUCUAGAAGAUCAAAUGCGUAACUUGGUGUCAGAAUCUGGUUACAAACAGAAAAUUCGCAAUCAAGUCUAUCAGCAUAUUGUGAAAAUGCCAAACUUGAGGCAUGGGAUUCGUCAAAAAAAGGAAGCCCUUGAUUAUAUUCAAAAAGCACAGAUAAAUUGGGAACAUAGAAUCACUAAAAGUUUAAACAAUAUGUCAAAUGAGUUGAGCAUGGUAUUUUCAAGAAAGCGUCCUGUUUCAGAGCAAAUUGAAUUUGAGGCUAAAUGGUCUGAAUUAGGCUCUGAAGAUAUGGAUUUGAGUCGGUUCAGACCUGUGUAUUCACCAAAAGACUUACUUGAAGUUCUUGUAAAUGUCAAAAGUCCAAAUAUUAGUUCUAAUACAUUUUCUGAUGCAGGACCGUCUAUUAAUUGGGGCCUCCUGAAAGUGCCUUUCAAAGUUAAGAGCCUUAGUGAACUGCGAAUGCAGUUUGAAGAUCUCUCUGGAAAUAUUGACCAUUUGGGUCUCACUGUUUUUUAUAGUUCUAAUUCUGAAUGUUACCAGAAACGUUUAAAAGAGAGAGUAUCAUUAGGAAAGCAUGUUUUAGAAGCCAAUCAAGCUGCUGUUGCUAGGGAAUAUUGCAAAAGGGGUUGUCCGGCCACAUUACGAGCAGAGCUUUGGUCUCUUGUCUUAGGUGUUGACAUCAGUGGAGCACAUAAACUCAACUUCAAGCACCUUAAAUCAUCUGUUUUCCAACAUGACCUUUUAAUUGAUAAAUUAAUAUUUAAGGAUAUACAUCUGACAGCUUCAAAUGAUGAUCAAUAUUUUGUAUUUGAAGAUUUACUGUAUCAAAUACUGUUGGUGUUUUCAAGAGACUCCUCGGUCGCUUCUCAUUUUGAGAUGAGCACUGCCAAUCCUUUCAAGGCUGUUUUACGAGGCUCUCAUACUACUGUCACCUAUCCACCAAAUGGUGUAAUACCUUUCCAUGGCUUCUCCAUGUAUGUGGCUCCUUUGUGCUAUAUCUAUGAAGAUCCCAUUACCUUGUAUCACGUUUUCCGUGAAUUAUACGUUAGAUACUUUUUUAGGUUGCAUAGCCUUUCAUCGCAUCCACAGGGUGUUUUAUCAUUAGCAUCAUCAUUUGAAACACUUUUGGAAGAAAUUGAACCACAACUAGCUUACCAUUUUGCAACACAUGACAUUUAUCCUUUAAAAAUUGCUAUGAAAUGGAUUAUAAAAGCCUUCUCUGGUUGGUUAGCAACAGACCAAAUUCUGCAACUGUGGGAUUGUAUUUUGGCAUAUGAUUCAACAGAAAUAAUUGUUGUUUUGGCGGUUGGUAUUAUGUCUCUGAGAAAAAGGAUUCUUCUGCAGGCGGAAAAUCAAGCAACAGUUGAGAAUAUCCUGGCUGACAUUUCUGCAAUCAAAGUAAUUCCUCUGCUACAUGGAAUGCUCAACAGCAGUCGACACUCACCCUUAUAACAUUUAAAUACAAUUAACACAAAUCUAUAUUUACUAUGAAUUUGA